CAGACUUCCGGUUCAACCAGAACUCUCUCUCUCUCUUCUUUUCUCUCAGAGCCGUAAGGCCUCAGAAUGCAGGUCUCGGGUGUCAUCGGCGACGUUUCACUCGUUAUUCCCUCCGGCGGAGGUCUCCGGUCGCCGGAAUUCCGACACUUCCACUCCUACUCACACUCCGUCCCCGAUUCCAAGUCCUUCAUUUCUGGUGGAUUCUUCACAAGAUGUCUCCCCAAGGCUGGAAAUGGACCGUAUAAGUGCCGAGCAAGAGGUUUGAUUGUGAGAGCAUCCGAGGAUUCAAGUGCUAAUUUGGUGCCAGUUGCUCCUCUUCAGUUUGAAUCCCCUGCUGGCCAGCUCUUGGGACAAAUUUUACAAACCCAUCCACAUCUACUACCUGCAGCUGUCGAUCAGCAGCUUGAGAAACUUCAAACUGAGAAAGAUGCCCAGGAAGUAGAAUCUCCAGCAUCUAAAGGUCCCCUCUACAAGAGAAUAGCAGAGGUCAAAGAGAAAGAAAGGCGAGCGGCACUGCAAGAGAUAAUAUACUGCUUAAUAGUGCAAAAGUUUUUGGAGAAUGAAAUCUCAAUGAUCCCCAAGAUAUCAACAACCUCAGAUCCUACCGGCAGAGUGGAUUUUUGGCCGAACCAAGAACAAAAGCUAGAAUCUGUUCAUUCUUCGGAAGCAUUUGAGAUGAUACAGAGCCACUUGUCUCUUGUGCUUGGAGAAAGACUUGUUGGCGUGGGGCCCCUCUCUUCCUUGGUUGAGAUUAGCAAAAUAAAACUUGGAAAGCUGUAUGCUGCUUCAAUAAUGUAUGGAUAUUUCCUCAAAAGAGUUGAUCAACGGUUUCAGCUUGAGAGAACCAUGAACAUCCUUCCAAAACGCAUUACUCAGGAUCCAGAUCCAACACCAGCAAACCAGCUAUGGGCUCCGGAUUCCUUGUUCAGGAUACCUCCUGAUGGUGGUGAUGAAGCAGGCUUCAUGGAUAAUGGGGAAAACAAGCCUUAUCAACUGAGAUCCUAUGUGAUGUACUUGGAUGCAGAGACUCUUCAGAGAUAUGCUACUAUAAGGUCAAAGGAAGCUAUUUCUUUGAUUGAAAGCCAAACGCAGGCCCUAUUUGGGAAACCAGACAUCAGGAUUGCUGGGGAUGGUUCGGUCGAUACUUCAAACGAUGAAGUGAUAUCACUUACUUUCACCGGAUUGACGAUGUUAGUAUUGGAAGCUGUUGCUUUUGGAUCAUUCCUGUGGGAUGCUGAAACCUAUGUUGAAUCCAAAUACAACUUUGUCAAAAGCUAAAGGUCAUGUAUGUAUAUACUCAGAAAGCUGCCACGAAUUGUAUUGUGCUGAGCCUGGUUCCUGUAAUGAGUUUCCUGUAAAUAUAUUGGUUAGGAAACUUUUUGAAGUUUUUUUUUACUGAAAGUUACUGAUAGUAGGAUCAUGUUUUAGAAGUAUAAAUCUAGCUACUACUACAUCCCAAAUGGCAAAUGCUUGUACUAUGAGUUGUGUAGACAACAGCACAUGAAAAUUUCGAAGUAUAACUGCUAGCUGCUU